AUGGCAACCCUAGACGGAUUGGCCAACGAGGUCUUGCUCACGAUUGCCGAUGCCCUUGAGUGUAUGGCCACUCAUAACUCCGGUAUUGACUACACCGAUUUCGGAAACGGACCCGUGGAUUUGCAUUUGUUUCUACGCCUAGACAAGCGCACUCACAUGUAUAAAAUUCAACGCACCUUUGUGUCGCUAGCCCUUGCCAACAAGCGAUUGAACGACCUAUUCACUCCCCUUCUUUGGCGCUUCAAUCGCGAAUAUGGAGAUUUGAAUGAACUCUACGAAGAAUCAGGCGUCACAUCUGCUGUUGCCUGGGCCACAGAAAAUAACAGAAUCGAUAUUCUAGAGAAGGCGUUCAAAUACCAAUUGCCAUUUUAUCCAAUCCGUUCUCGUUCUAAUCGUCACGAGCAACCCAUCUACUUAGCUUCUAGCAUCGGACAUGACGCAGUUUUGUCUUGGCUUCUUGACCACGGUGCAUCGAUAAAUUUACUGUGCGAACAAGGAGGCGAAGAAUGUACUGAAGUUUCCACAUACUACAGGCAAUAUGAUAGGUAUAGGGACGGAUACAGAGACGGGAGUGAAGACGAGAGUCGAUACGGCAGAGAACCAGAUAUACGCCGUAUCAUCCUAAUUCCUCCAAGAAGCGCUCUCCGUCAUGAAAGCGCCCUCUCUGACUAUUUCAACUUUUCAUGCUUCACUAAAUCACCACUAUGGGCGGCAUUCCAAUCGAGACAUGAAUCCACGGCUAUACUUUUACUGUCGCGUGGUGCUAGGUAUACCUUCAGGGGUCCCCCUCAAUUUUCGGGCUCAAUAUCGUCGGCUUUACAGGUAGCCGCUUCACUCGGACUGAAAGGAGUUGUAGAGUAUAUGGUUAAGACGAUGAGAGUGAGGGUCGACGGCGAUCGAGGAACCAUUCCGCCCCUAUAUUACGCGGCAUGGAGAGGGGAUAACGGCGAGACCAUCCAAAGUCUCCUGAAGCUCGGUGCUGACCACCAUAAUCCUAAGGAGUUGCCUGCACAAGAAGAAGUAAUCCGUAGGUUGAUUGCAAACGGCGCCUGCGUGGAUGGGUCUCUUGAAUGCGAGACUCCGCUUUGCUCUGCUAUCGAGAAAGGUACAGUCUUGGCUGUCUUUAACCUACUCAGAGCAGGAGCCGAUAUACAUAAGCCCAGAAAACGCGACAAUAAGACGCCCCUAGAACUACUAUGGGCAGAACGUUCCUCCGUGGCGAAGAUCAUUAGCAAGGCAUGUCUUUUAGUUGCCGCGGGCGCUUGUCUGGACGGCCCGUACCGUUCCGAGGGCAGGACACUGUUAGAAUAUGCCAUCAUCAUUGGUGGGGCUAAAGGGCUUGAGAAGCUCCUCGAAGUAGCAACGCACCGAAACGUGCCCGACGAGUAUCUCGAUAAAUCCUUAGAGGAUUUCCUAUCACGCGAAGACCUCGAGUAUUUUGAUUGCGCCAAGGUCCUGGCCUACCAUGGCGCGAUUUCUGACACAGCGAGGAAUCUGUUCUACGGUUGGGCAUUGGAUUUUAUUAAGGGGAAAAAACGUGAUAAGGGACACGAAAGAUUUUCUGCUUGUCUAAAUUAUCUCCGAAACGACCAACUCGAGGACCUCUUUAAUCGCGCACUAGAUACUGGGAGUAUGGAGCGAUGUCAAAUACUCAUUGAAUGCCGCGUUCAGCCACCUUUCGAAAGGGUCGGACCGUGGCUACACCUAGCUGCUCGCUGUGGUAGUAUUCCACAUGUUCGUCGCUUUGGUAGAGACGGCAUAGAUGUUAACACUCUAGACGAGCAGUCUAGGACACCCAUGAUGGUCGCUCUCACAGCCGGACACACGGACGUAGCUGAGCUCCUUUUCCGGUUCGGAACGGACCCAUUUCACCCUCGGCCAAACGCAGAAUGCCGACAACUACCAAACAAAUUCACAAAAAUUAUAUCCCCCUUCGAGUUUGCUAUUCGUAACAACUACCUCCCACAAAUAAGGAGAUGGUGGAUGGAAAUACCACCAGAAUCUCGGCCAACGGAGCAAUUCGACAUCCCACGUGUAUUGGUUCGAGGGCCAUGGCAUUGCGAUGACCUAACAUUCUUACGCAGCCAACCCAACAUCAAUAUCUCAAGGGUCAAUGAUGAAGAGCUCCCGCAAUGGGGAUUGGAGGACGGCGCGCUGGUAUUCGAUGACGGCACAGAGAGGAGAUGCAUACUGGAAAGGACGAUGGCGCGAAUAUCAGCCGAGGGUUGGGAUGAGCUUUGAAUUCCGAGGGAGAUCGAACACUCGAAUCACGACCAACUCUAGCAACAGCGGGUUUCCAGUGAAACACCCUUUCCCUAUUCACUAACAAUACCCAUAGUUUCAAGUUGGCGCCCAGCAUUAUUUAAAUCGCCAUACGCUUUCAUCGACACAUCUCUAAAGUAUCUGACUAUCACUAGCGGGCAUGCUUAAGGGUUACAUAUGGUUUAUCAUGUCAACAUUCAUUUUGCUUCAAGCUAGCAUUCUAACUAGGUCUAUAUUUCCGUAGCCCUCGCCCUCCAAAUUAGCUUAGCUUAUAUUAAGAUGACAUUACGAGAUACUUCAUAUGAGAACAACAAUGAUCGAUAGGACGAAUAGUCAUUAUCGCGAAGGCCUUUAACUGAAAUUCUCAUAACGAUACGAUUGAAUGCUCAAAUAAUUUCCUCGUACGCCAUCUAACUUGGGGAACCCAUUAAUCCGUUGAUGCAGCCAUCAAUACUACGUCUCACGAGUUGGUAGACGUACCGGAGGG